UAAGUUGUGUGGGCCAAAGGGGUGAUCGGUUCAUUUAAACACUCAGUCUCGGUACUUUAUUGGAUUGGAAUUCAGUUAAAGUUCGUGUGUAUGUAUUUAUUUUCAAGCGUAAAAUCACACGCUUAAAUAAUGGCUGAUCCGGAUGUAGAUUGGUUGAUGGAUGAUGACACGACCGUAGAAGAAUCUGCUAAUGCGGUCGAUGGAGACAAUUAUGAAAACACACAGGAAGUCGGAGCGGUAAAAGAGGUUGAAGCACCAAAACCGCCCGCAGAAUGGCGGAAGACUUAUAAGCUCGCUAUCGAGGAAAAGGAUGCGCGCAAGCUCUUCAGGCACUGGGCCCGACCGACCAGGCUUCAGUACAAAAUGCUGUACGAUUACCAGCACAACUACUACGACGACUACAUAAGGUACAUGGACAGGCGUCAACGGGGUCUUUACGAUCCAAAACCGGAGCCCCAGACGUGGGAAGAACGUGUGCUCAGGACGUGCACCAAGGACGGUCACCGACUAUCGUCCACUGACUUCCCACUGGUCAAAUCCAAGCUCAACGACUACAUCGUUAUACCGUCCGUUUGCCGCGCCGACCACGACAAGCAUUAUUAUUAUAGACAGUACUACGACCAGCUUAUCGGAACACCAUGGGUUACAUUGUCAACACUAGGACGCAAUCCUAAUUUCUUAGACGUACCACGGCCAACCAUCAAAGACCGACUGCACGCUCAAAAUAUCUAAUCUCAAAUUUUUAAAUACAAUAACAACUUAGACUUAAAACAAAAUCUGCUGUAUUAUACACACAUAGAACCACCAAGCAAUAAAACUGAAUUCUUCAUCUUA